AUGAACCGGCUACUAUUGCUAUGUCUCCUUCUUGAAUCAUCCUUGGUUGAAUCCUUCCAACCUGUCACCAAGCCAUUGCACCAAGCUUUUGCAUUGUCUUCCAAGAAGGACGGUGAUGCCGAUCCGGUUGUCCAACAGCAGGGUUACGCCGUUGGGACAUUUGUGGAAUUUGAAGAAAAGAACCGGGUUCACAUUGGAACCAUUGCUGAAAAGGAAAACAAGGCCAGUGGCGGAGCUCGCUACAAGGUCGUUGAUAAGGAUGGUCAUAAGUUUUCCAUUGCAGACAAGGCUGUUGCCUUUGCCAUGCAUGCUCCGAACUCACCCGGGCAAGCAGCCAAGCUGUUCGAUGAGUUUUGCGCCGCUCAACAGGCAUCUGAAAAGGAUCUAGAGACCAAGCUGGAAAUCUCUCCCGAAUUGCUAGAAAUGGCUUGGGAAGAAUCCAACUUGGAAGAGACAGAUAUGACUCCUUCCAGUUUGGUGGAACUGGUUCAUGCCCAUGCGGCAUCGGCCAUUGAAAAGUACAUGGCUUGGCGUCUCCUGCAAUCUGAUGCUGCUCAUGUCUUUUUCAAAGAUAUCAAGGACCACGGUAGAGUUGUAUCAUUCAAGGCGAAGGCUUCCAAGGCUGUCGAUGCUGCCAAACAAGCCUUUUGCAACACUCAUGAAGACAGUGACAUAUGCCUUGUUUAA